CUCACAUCAUUUUAUUUUCUGCUGAGGACGUGAAAACAUCAAAGGUGACGUGUGAUUUCUAGGUCUCAGAUCUGGUACUUAUUAGACGUGAUGGCGACAGCAAAACCAAUUAAAAAUGCUGCCACUGCAGCAGUACAACUGCCAGAGUGUCCAGUUUGCUUGGAGGUAAUGACGGUGCCGAUAUUCCAAUGCAGCUGGGGCCACAGCUUGUGCGAUAAGUGCACCAAAGGUCUGUGUCCUCCACUCUGUCCCAUCUGUCGUCAGGGAAUGACGCAAAUGAGGAACUGGCAACUCGAAGAAAUCAUUCUUAAGGCAAAGAUAUCCUGUCCCAACAAGCCGGCAGGGUGUAUCUACACCAUGUUAUGUGCUGAAAUCGAAGAUCAUCUUAAAGAAUGUAUUUUCCGGGAGAUGGAAUGCCCGCUUGGUGCUGUUUUCGGUAAAUGCUCUUGGAGUGGGCAAUUAAACGGAAUUAUGGAUCACUUCAAAGAACGCCAUCCAGCUCAUUGCAAUGUCAGUAGCGACACUGAUGUCGAACUUGAUAAUGUGAACGUUAACUCGGACGAACGCUUUGUAUAUUUGUUUACCCAAGGAAAGAUUCAUUUUAUCAUAACGAUGAAAAUUGAUACAAUACAAAAGAUGGCGUACUGGGCUGUUCAACUCAUUGGGGGCAAAAACACAGCAAAACUACACAUUUAUGAGAUACACGUAAAUAGUAAACAAGACAAGAGGAGAAAAGCUGUGUUCACUGAACACUGCUUCAAUGAUGCUGUUAAAGCGGAUGAGGUAUUCCGUCAAAAUUUGUGCGCUGUUUUGCCACUCAAUUCCUUAAGUCAUUUUAUAAGUAAUAAGAAGCUUUCAUUCAGAUUUUUCAUAAAGAGACUACCAGCUGAUAACAAAGAUUUCAAAACUAAAGGAGAUUCAAAGAAGGAAGACGAGACGGGAAAGGGUGGCCCUAAACCUAAAUUCCACGGUCCCCCUGGGGGUCCACAUGCACCUGGAUCCGCGGGUCCGGGACCGGCUAGACCGGGUCCUAAAGGACCAUGGCCCAAAGGGCCUGGGCCCAAUAAAGCAGGAGCUAAAAAACCGAACAAAGUUCGUGCUUGAAUGUUCCAAUUUACUUUUACUAUUAUUUUUGAUUAAUUUGUUUAUAUUAACUAGACUACAUACCACACAAAUCAAUGUAACUGGAAUAUGGCUUUGUGUAUUUAUGUACAUGUCAUGCUUGAGUACGAGUACGUUUAAUUAGUAUUUUAAACAUUAAAAAUUACUAGACUAUGUUAAAUGAUUCGUGAACUUCUUGAAUGUAUGGGUUUUUUUCUUACCGAAAAAUCCGACUUUUUGUCAGGACUUCUCGUUGCAAAUGGUUGGUUACCCUAAUCACAG